UAAAAAGACAGCAGCGACUCGCACGUCCACGGCGGCGUCUCUCCUCCCCCGAUCUGUUCGGUUCAGUUGUCCCAACCCGAGACUGAAGAUGGCGACCAGCUCGGAGCGCAGUCCUCCUCCGUUCCCCGACUCCGAGGACCAAGAUGUGCUGGACACGGAAGACAUGGCAGGCCGAGACAGUGAUGAAGACGACGGGGAGGACCCGUUCACGAGCCCGAGCAACCCUCUGCUGACUGAAAUGGACACCACACUGGAACCUGCCAGUCAACCCAGCGACGUUUUAAUGAAGCCUCCCAGUGACAUCAUGGAUGACCCUUUGAUUGAGCCUAUCAGCAGCCAAACAGAAAACAAACCAGCGGGCGAAGUCGUGAGUGAACCGUCGGAUGAUUUUGUCGACCUAACAAACAACGUAAGCGUCACAACUGAGAGUGCCGUUGCUGAAAUUCCUUUAGAUGAACCCUCAGAUGACUUUGUUGACAUAUUGGGAAGUGAAACUGAGGCGCAGAGAGAGGAAGUGGUGGUGGCGGAUGUUACUGUUGAAGCAGCAGUGGCUAAAAGUGAAGUUACUAGUGUUGUUACAGAGUCACCUGGUGAUGGAAAAACAGAAAGCAAUGCUGAGGAGGAAGCACAAGAAACUUCCACUGCUCCAAUAAUCGAUCUCAGUGGAGAUUUGCUAGCUAGCGACACACAGCAACCACCUGUCAGUGACAAAAUCACCAACCCGUUGGUUGACCUCCUCAGCGAUGAUUCACCCGCGCCUGCUGUUGAUGCCAAAAAACCAAGCGGGGCAACAAUCGACCUGUUCGAAGAUGAGGGGAGCGACUUAUUCGCAGAACCACGGCAGACUAAAUCUGCCAAGCCACCACAGAAAAGCCUAUUCGGUGAACCGGAUGAGGAUCUGUUCGGUGAGCCACUGGGUGCCAUCUCAAAGAAAACUGUCAGUAAAGAGCAGAAGGAGAAGUCUGUCACCAAAGUUGCUGCUGCACCUGCUCCUGUUGCUGCUGCCGCUGCUGCCAUUCCUGCCGGGGGACCUCUGCAGGACAGUAAAACUGCAGAACCUGCAGAUAUCUUCACUGAGGAAGCCGUCACCACCACGCCAAGCAUGAGCAACACCAGCACUGUCAACUCAAAGACCAAUGGAGUCCACUCUGAGGAGGAUGCGGAUAUAUUUUCUGAAGCCACAGUGGAGCUUUCUCUCGACAGUCCGCAGAACGAGAGAAAGAACGAGGUGACGGCCAAACCGUCUGCUUCCGCCCCCACCUCCCUGUCUGCAGCUGCCAGCCUGGCCAAGCCACAGUCUGCUGCCCUGGAAGAGUUGGAAGAAGAGGAAGAAGCAGAGCUGGAAGACAAAUUUGACAUCCUUGUUUCUGUCAAAGACCCAGAAAAAAUAGGGGAUGGUAUGAAUGCUUACAUGGCCUACAAAGUCUCCACACAGACAACACUGCCCCUGUUCCGCAACAAGACAUUUACAGUGAGGAGACGCUUCAGCGACUUCCUCGGCCUCUACGAGAAGCUUUCAGAAAAACAUGGACCAAAUGGAUUCAUCGUGCCUCCGCCACCAGAGAAGAGCAUCCUGGGGAUGACAAAGGUGAAGGUGGGAAAAGAAGAUUCUUCAUCUGCAGACUUUGUUGAGAGAAGGAGGGGUGCUCUGGAAAGGUAUCUGCAGAGGGUGGUAAAUCACCCAUCACUUAUCCAAGAUCCUGAUGUUAGAGAGUUCCUGGAGAGGGAGGAAUUGCCCAGGGCAGUGAGCACCCAGGCUCUGAGCGGCGCCGGCUUCCUCAAAAUGAUCAACAAAGCAACAGAUGCUGUCAGUAAAAUGACCAUCAAGAUGAAUGAGUCAGACGUGUGGUUUGAAGAGAAGCUGCAGGAGGUAGAAUCUGCAGACCAACAGUUCAGGAAGCUCCACGCACUGGUCGAAUCUCUGGUCGUGCACAGGAAAGAGUUGUCACUGAACACAGCAAGCUUUGCCAAGAGUACAGCCAUGCUGGGCAGCGCAGAAGACAACACCGCUCUUUCCCGAGCUCUUUCCCAGCUGGCCGAGGUGGAGGACAAGAUGGAGCAGUUACACCAGGACCAGGCUGCAAACGACACCUUCAGCUUUGCAGAACUGAUCGCAGAUUACAUCCGUCUGCUGGGAGCCGUGAGGGGGUCGUUUGAUCACCGGAUGAAGGUGUGGCAGCGCUGGCAGGAUGCUCAGGCCAUGCUGCAGAAGAAAAGAGAGACUGAGGCCAAACUGCUGUGGGCCAACAAGCCAGACAAGCUGCAGCUGGCCAAAGAGGAGAUUGCUGAGUGGGAGGCCAAAGUAACGCAGUACGAGAGAGACUUUGAAAGAGUUUCUGCGACUGUGCGCAAGGAAGUCGUCCGCUUUGAGAAAGAAAAGACCAAGAAUUUCAAAAAACAGAUAAUCAAGUACUUGGAGUCUCUGCUUCAGUCUCAGCAACAGCUGAUAAAGUACUGGGAGGCUUUCUUACCAGAAGCAAAAGCAAUCGCCUAAUCCUCGAGCACCAGCCUUCUGGACGACAAAACAGGCUGCCUUUUUCUUAUACACUUUACCUCUUUUGCCUUUCAAACCAAGGAAAAUGCGUGCAUUGUAAAGGGAGAUACAAUCAAUCUGUUUUUUUAAUCACCUUUAACAUAUAGCUCUGUAUUCUAUUGUAUUAAUAAUUGUAUAUUUUCAUUUAACCUUCCACAAAUAUUUUCUUAUUAGAUGAAAAGAGUUUGCAUAUACAAAGAUAUGGACAAACGAAAAAGUGCAGAUGAAUGAUUCCAUUAAUUUCCACAAGAGAAGGGAAAUGAACCGAGUCCGUUGUUCUCAGGAUUUUCUCCCUCGUGUGAUCAGGAGCUCCUUUACAUCAGCAGUGGUUAAUUGUUUACAGAGCGGCUGCUCUCUCAUCAAAAAUUUCUGGGGACCCAGAUGAAGACAGUGGCCACGAGUCUCACUCUGUUUCUUCUUAUUACUGACUCAAAGGGAUUAAAUAACAGUUUAAAAAGAAAGUAAGAUUUAUGAGCACUUCCACCAGGUGGAUAAAGUACUUAAGUACCAGCCAUGUUUGUUUGUUUUGUUUUCUUUCAGAUUUAAAGAACUAUGAUACUGAGGGGAGGGAUGCAGGGUGAUGAGAGGCAUUCACAUAGCAGGGGCAACAGCUAUGGUCAAGGGUUAUGUUGGAGGUCAAGGUUGUAGGUUUAAUGUUUUAAAACUGAUUUCAGUCAUUGUACAAACUUUAUGUCUGUGCCUUCUAGAUCAAAAUGGUGUUUUGUCUCCAGACACCAGUUUGGGAGAAAGUUGUAGACACUUGUGUGUGGUGCAGAGGCUUGUUAACACUUCUCCAGCAGCCAUAACAACGUCAUGUCAACACUGACGUUUAAGAACCACGCUAGUGUUUGAAGCCCAUUUACUACAAAUUAAGUGUGUUGUUUGUUUUUACCGGUCACCCUGUAUGAACAUGAAAACUUGAAACAGGUAAUCCUCUCAGCGAAUAUCAUGUCUGUUUUUGUCAAAGUUGCGUCAUUGCUGCGUGGUAAUGCUGUACAGUAAGUGUCGGUUAACAUUUCAUACAGCAUUGCCUGUAACAAUGACUAACUUUGAGAAAAACUGUACCAGAAAAUGCUGACAAUGUAUGGAUUAACCAACGCAAGCUAGUUUCAAGUCUCAGCAAGUAGUUUCACGCUGUAGUCAUGAAAUGAAACCUGGAAACUGAAUGCUAACUGAAAGGCUGGUUGUGAAGUAUGGUUGGUAGAGAUGUAAAAGAAUAAUAAAGCUGCAACUAACAGUCCUUUUACUGAUGGAUUAUUCCCAAGGUUUAGUUUUGCUUGUUUUGUCCAGACGCAACAUAUUUAAGGGUACCCUCUAUUUUUUUUUUUUACUGUCAGUCGUGCUGCAGGGCAAGAGUGGAUUAGUUUAUUCUUACAUCAUCACUAACACGUGCUAAGCUGCUUAAUUGUUUUUUGUGCAUUUGUAAAACGCAUUGCAUUGUGGGAUUAUUAGCAGAAAGUAGUGUACAUGUUGGAUGUUUUGUUUCAUUGCAGUUUGUUUGAAAAAUGUGCACACUCAGAAUUCAGACACUUAAAUAAAACGGCGGUCUGUAUAUGUAGCGCAGCAUCGGGAGUGAUCUCGGAUAGAAACAUUGGCUUCAGGUUCUUCCAAAAAAAAUGUAGUGAAUGUUUUUGAGGAAGGAAAUGCAUUCAGUACAUUUGUUGAAUUUCUUAAUUGUAAAAGAUGAACGUAAAGAGAAAUGUUUCCAUAAAAUACCAGCCUGGUUCCUUUAAUUUAUGACAUACAGCAGAAAAGAAGCAGAUGUGGAACCAUCAAAUGUUUGCCAUUUUUACUUGAUGAGUGACUUCAGUGAUCAAGUAAUUAAUAUGCUGCUAAUCAUUUCAGCACGAAACAAUACCAAUUGUGAUUUUUAGUAAAUGGGCAAUAACAUGAAAAAACACUGGGAUGGUCCUUUGACAGCCAGCGUGAGCUCAUCAGAGCUGGACUGAUGAUGCAGAUGUGACAUUAAUGCCAUAUAGUGAACAUGCUGAUGUAGUGAACCCACUUCUUCCCUCAAGCCUCAGCCUGUAGUUGAACAUGAAACGGUAACAAACCCGCGUCACAGCUUUACGUGGCUGGGCCGCCAUCCUUCCGAUUACAGCUUUAAUUACAGAUUUGCACACACACAAACUAAAGCCGUGCAGUGAUGACGCUACACUGUAACUUUUGUUCUCAUUAAGGCAUCAUUUACCUUGCAGAUGUUUCUUUGCACAGGUUUUUUUUUUGGUUUUUUUGCCACUGCUGUUUCGACAUCACUCGAUUAAAACUGGUUAGUGUGGCCUCGUGUACUUUCACUUGUUAAUGUGCAGAGCAAUGUCAGCAACAUGCACUGUGUCAUAGAAAAUUCUUUUAAAACAAAUCAAUAAAAGUUGCACUGUUUACACUCAGAAAUUUCAUAAA